AUGUCUACAACAAAUUUUCCGAGCCGCGCGCUUCAAACCCCCCGCGCUUCCACUCCUAACAUACUCCUUCUCCUCAUCGCCUUCCGUCUCGUCAAUGCAUUCGUAGUUCGGACCUUUUUCCAGCCAGAUGAAUACUUUCAGUCCCUGGAGCCAGCUUGGGAUAUCGCGUUCGGUCAAGGUCAAGGGGCCUGGGUGACAUGGGAAUGGCGGCACCAACUCAGAUCCUCGCUGCAUCCUUUCUUGUUCGCCGCUCUCUAUAAAUCCGCCGAUUUUCUCGCCUCAACCUUCAGAGUGUCUCCCGCCACGCGCGCAGAGCUCCUGAUUGCCACACCGAAGACAGCGCAGGCCGUUGUCGCGGCAAUUGGUGAUUUCUACACAUGGAAGCUUGCAGUUCGCGUCUAUGGAAAUGAUUCCCGUGGAUCUUGGACAACGCUGGUCGCAACAGUCCUAAAUCCCUGGCAAUGGUUCUGCUCCACUAGAACCCUGUCGAACUGUCUUGAAACAACGAUCACCAUUGUUGCGUUGGAACUAUGGCCAUGGCAAUGGUCGGUAGGCUCUACAGCCGGUGAUCGCCGCUACAAAAAUGCUACCAAUCAAAUGAGGGGCACUAACAGGGACCAAAGUGAGAUUCUUAGCCUCCACAAAUGUCUGCCGCUGGCGGCACUCGCAUGCAUACUACGACCGACCAAUAUUCUCGUUUGGGCAACCCUGGCCAGCCUCGCUUGGCUUCGGACCUCUUGGCCCCAACGCAAGAUUUUUAUUUUGCAAGUCAUAGUUUGCGGAUCGGCAAUUCUUGCGGUGUCUUCGGUUGCGGACCGUCUCUUCUAUGGAAUUUGGACCUUCCCACCGCUCAGAUUCCUAUACUUCAACAUUGCGCAGUCACUGGCUGUCUUCUAUGGCAGCAAUGACUGGCAUUAUUAUAUCUCCCAGGGUUAUCCACUUCUACUUACCACUCUAUUACCUUUUGCGGUCAUUGGUUUAUAUACAACCUUGACAGCUCGGAAUUCUACAGCGGGAGACAGCUUGCAGGCGGCGAUCCAAGUACAAUUGGCGAUAGUCUGCCUUCUGAUGCCAUUUGUCCUCUCUUUGAUCUCUCAUAAGGAAGUGCGCUUCAUCUACCCAUUGCUGCCCUGUCUGCACAUCCUGGCUGCGCCGCCUUUGGAGCAGUUUUUUUCCCCAGCCAUCUACUCGCGGACAAACCCGCGUCACACUCCUCGCAGGUUAAUUCUCAUCUUUCUCGUGCUUGUAAACGUGGUCAUUGCGCUAUAUACUACUCUCUAUCACGCGUCAGGAACACUUGACGUCCUCUCCUAUCUCCGUCAGCAGCACCAAGCACACUCGGUACCAACACCAAAAAGACGAUCAAACUCAAUUUCUGAAGUCGGAAUAUCUGCUGGCUUUUUGAUGCCCUGCCACAGCACACCAUGGCGCUCUCAUCUUGUCUACCCAACAAUAAGUGCUUGGGCCCUUUCCUGCGAGCCCCCGAUCGAUCUCAAUGCAACCCAGAAAGCCGUUUACCGAGACGAAGCAGACCAAUUUUACGACGACCCUGAUCAAUUCCUACGCCAGAACAUGGCGGGUGGUCUCCGUCACCUCCCUCGACGACCCAGCUACAUCGCUGCCACUCAUCAUUCUGCAUCAGGAAAGACCUCCGACAAGACCCUUGUACAUGAAUGGCCCGAUUAUCUCAUCUUUUUUGCCCAGCUCGAGCCAACCCUCCACACCCUGCUGCGCGGUUCACACUAUGACGAGUGCUGGCGAACCUUCAACACAGCCUGGCACGACGACUGGCGUCGUCGCGGUGACAUCGUAGUAUGGUGCUUGGACAGGGUCGAGCAGGACGCCUGGCGCUCCAAUACCCAACGCCACGCGCAGCAAAGCCGAGACAAGCAAUUCGAUCGUAUCGUGGAAGCCUUCAAGCAAGAGGGGCGCAAGCAGAAAGAGAAGUCGUGGAUGGGAUUCCACGCGUCUUCGACGCCUUGGUCCGCAUCGCCGCCUCCAUUUUUAGCAUCCUGGCGACGUUCAGUGAAGUCUUUUUUCUCGUCACCUCCAAAAUCUUCGAUUUCUUGGCCUUGGCGUCCCCCCACUCGUUGGGAGACCUUUGUGGCGAGGCUGUCAUUCUCGAAGCAGAAGCCUAGUUGGCUUUCUUGGUUGCCCUCUUGGUUGGGCGGAGCUAAAAAGAGACCCACAGAAACGGAGUUGUGGUCUUGA